CAUCGGUGUUCUCCAAUGCCAAAGGAAACCAAAAGUGAAAUCACAGGGCAGAGAGGAGACAAGAGGCUAGAAGAAACUUGCUCGGCCAUCCGGACGCUAUGGAGAUGCCCCCGCCGUUUGAGGAACCAAACCUUGGGGACCUGAUAGAGAUUUUUCGCAUUGGAUACCAGCACUGGGCCCUCUAUGUAGGAAAUGGUUAUGUCAUCCACCUGGCCCCCCCCAGUGAGUAUGCAGGAGCUGGCUCCUCCAGCAUCAUGUCCGUGCUGACCGACCGAGCUGUGGUGAAGAAGGACCGUCUCUGGGACGUUGCUGGUGGUGACCGGUACCGAGUCAACAACAAGUAUGACUGGAGGUGCUCGCCGCUGCCUGUCAGCAAGAUCCUCAUGGAGGCUGAGUCUCUAGUGGGCCAGAAGAUGAUGUACAGCGUCACCAGCGAGAACUGCGAGCACUUUGUCACCAAGCUGCGCUACGGCCACCCCAUGUGUGACCAGGUCAGGGACACCAUGCUGACUGUGGGGGUCGCAGGGCUGGGCCUGGCUACUCUGGGGAUCAUUGGAGCCAUGGUCACAAGGUCCAGGCGUCAGAACCAAUAGCAAGACUCCCCUCUGGGCCCAAGGCCUGGCGCUUCUGCAGCAGGGGCCCUCGGAGCGGGCUCUUCGUGGGGAGCAAGCUGAA